AUGGAGGAGCUGGACUUCAUCUGUUCGUCGUGCGUGUGCGAUGCGGAUUCCGACGGCCGCGACAACCUGCCGCUGCAAGACGAUGGCGACAAGGUGGUGCGAGUCGAUCAACUGCGCAAGGACUUCGACGACUGCUGCUCCUGCGUCUUCGAUCGCCUCACGUACAUGUGGAGGAAGAAGACGUUCAACCACUGGCGACAAUUUGUCAGAGGUGCCAACUCAGCGGAUGCUGAACAACGUGACCGCACGAGAUCAAGAACCUCGUCAGUCAGCAGAAGCAGGUGCGGCAGCUUCAUGGAGACGAUCGGCGACGGUGUGAGCAGCAGCAGGAACGUGCUUCUGGACAUCACGCCGGCGCUGCACCUCGUCGUGCGGUACCUGCACGUCGACGACGUCUACCGCCUGAUGAUCACGAGCAAGUCCAUCUGCCAUGAAGUUGGUCGGGCCACGCAUGCGCUUUCGUUCAUUCGAGCGCGUCGGGUGAUUGUGGACGAGCACUUCAGCACCCUCCCGAUGCAAUUCCCCAAUUUGAAGGAAGUCAACUUGACAGGCUGUUCGAACCUUACCGACGAAUCCGUUGAGCAACUUGCCCAGAUCCCCAGGAUGGAAUCGAUUGCGCUCAAAGGAUGCUACCAGGUCACGGACAAAGGGAUUAUCGCGUUGACGGAAUCCCUGUCGAGCUCACUCACGUCUCUCAAUCUCGGAUACUGCAAGGUCGUGAGCGAUGAAGCUGUGUCGGCCAUCGCUGCUAAUCUCCCGAAGCUAAACUACCUGAGUCUUCGUGGCUGCAGCCAGGUCGGUGACAUUGGUAUCCGGGAGCUAGCUCGGCUCAAGCACUUAACGACUCUAAACCUCUGGUACGCUAACCAAGGUAACCUUACGGAUGACGGAAUCUCCGCGCUCGCAGGGGUAACGUCGCUUACGAGCCUCAACCUGUCGAACUGCAGUCAGCUCACUGAUGUGGGGAUCAGCUCUCUCGGCGCUCUUGUCAACCUGCGACACCUCGAGUUUGCCAACGUCGGUGAGGUGACGGAUAAUGGUCUCAAGGCGCUAGCUCCGCUGGUGGAUCUCAUCACGCUUGACAUUGCUGGAUGCUAUAAUAUCACGGACGCGGGCACCAGCGUGCUGGCCAACUUCCCCAAUCUGUCGAGUUGCAAUCUCUGGUACUGUUCUGAGAUAGGCGACACGACAUUCGAGCACAUGGAGUCGCUGACCAAGAUGCGAUUCCUGAAUUUCAUGAAAUGCGGCAAAGUCACGGACAAGGGACUGCGCUCCAUCUCGAAGCUUCGCAACCUGACUUCUCUGGACAUGGUUAGCUGCUUCAAUGUGACGGAUGAUGGUCUCAAUGAGCUUGUGGGGCUGCACCGACUCAAGUCCCUCUAUCUUGGAGGCUGCUCUGGCAUUCGGGAUGAUGGCAUCGCCGCACUUUCGCAACUGAAGUCGCUGGUGAUUCUUGACCUCUCUAACUGCCGCCAGGUUGGCAAUAAAGCUCUGCUCGGGCUGGGUGAGCUGCACAACCUCACCAACCUCAAUCUCAUGCGCUGCAACCGGAUCGAUGAUGAGGGCAUCGCGUACCUUGCAGGACUCAAGCGACUGAAGACGCUCAACCUGUCCAACUGCCGUCUUCUCACGGAUGCAGCGACCACGACGAUUGCUCAAAUGACAGAGCUUGAGUCGAUUGUGCUUUGGUACUGCAACAAGCUCACAGAUACUGGGGUCAUGAACUUAGCGUCUCUCACGAAGCUGCAGUCGAUCGAUCUUGCGAGCUGUUCCAAGCUGACUGACGCGUGUCUAUCGACGUUCCCCUCAAUACCCAAGCUCACAUCGCUGGAUCUUGGGAACUGCUGCCUCCUCACGGAUGAAGGCAUGGCGACUCUGGGCAAGGUGACGUCGCUGACUUCAUUGAAUUUGUCGGAAUGCGGAGAAAUCACGGAUGCGGGGCUUGCUCACCUCGCGGCACUCGUCAAUCUCACGAACAUUAAUCUCUGGUACUGCACAAAGGUAACCAAAACUGGCAUUGACCACUUGCCGGUGCAAGCUGUGGACUACUAG